AUGAUAAAUACAUUAGAAAAUUUGGCAAAUGAAAUUCUUUUUAAUAUAUUAUCAAAUUUAGCAUGGUUUGAAAUGAUAGAAUCGUUUUGGGGAAUCAAUAAACGAUUUAAUUCUCUUAUUUGUUCGGUAUUUUCAAUGAAUAAUGAUGGAAAUCAAAGUAGAAUCAUUAUUACUGGAACAGAUUUAUCUUUAAAUAAAUAUCAGUCAAUAUUUUGUUCACUAAAUUCCAGCUCAACUCUUUCUGCUUCUAUAAAACGACUUCAUAUUGAUGGAGCAAGAUCAAUUUUUUUCGAUAUCAUAUCUGAAUGGAUUUUUCAAGCAAAUUUGAUUCGUUUUAUUAAUUUGAAAUCACUUAUUUUGACUCGAUGUUAUCUAUCUGAAACUUUAAUUAACAAUUUAUCUUUACUUGUUCAAUAUCAAAUGGAUGAACUAAUUCUGAAAAUUGAUAAAGAUUCUUCUGAAAUGUUUGAAAAUCAACAAGAAUCUUGCGUAAAUGAUCUUAAUCAAGGUAAAUUGAAAUUUCUUGUCAAACAGUUCAUUUUAUCAGAAAAAUCUCAGAAAUUAAAUAUUGAUAACAAAUGA